AUGUCGAAAAUUACGGUUGCCAACGUCCGCACUCAGGUCUCUGAGCUGCUCGAGUACUCUCUUGAGACCAAGAAGCGCAACUUCCUUGAGUCUGUCGAGCUUCAGAUCGGCCUCAAGAACUAUGAUCCCCAGCGUGACAAGCGUUUCUCCGGCACCGUCCGCCUGCCGAUUGUCCCCCGCCCCAACAUGAGCAUCUGCAUUCUCGGUGACCAGCACGAUAUCGAUCGUGCCAAGCACGGCGGUGUCGACGCCAUGUCCGCCGACGACUUGAAGAAGCUCAACAAGAACAAGAAGCUCAUCAAGAAGCUCGCUCGCAAGUACGACGCCUUCGUCGCUUCCGAGACCUUGAUCAAGCAGAUCCCCCGUCUCUUGGGUCCCGGUCUGUCCAAGGCUGGCAAGUUCCCCACCCCCGUCUCCCACGCCGACGACCUUUCUGGCAAGAUCACCGAGGUCAAGUCCACCAUCAAGUUCCAGCUGAAGAAGGUUCUCUGCAUGGGUGUCGCCGUCGGCAACGUUGGCAUGACCCAGGAGCAGCUGAUUGCCAACAUCAUGUUGGCCAUCAACUACCUCGUCUCCCUGCUGAAGAAGGGCUGGCAGAACGUUGGAAGCUUGACCAUCAAGGCUUCCAUGUCUCCCCCCAAGCGCCUUUACUAA